CUUGCCAUCUUCUUGGUCAAAGAACAAACCAGAUACAUCUUCUCUGGAGCAAGGGACUUGGCGAGACUGAGAUACACGAAGAUGGGAAAGAUGAACUUCUUGCAGAUGUUCAGAAUGUUGAUGAUUACUCAGCCUAUCUGCUUCAUGCAGGCUCUGGAGUGUCUGGCUGGUGAGUACGAGGUGGAUGGGCAGUGCUGCCCCACCUGCCAUCCAGCAUUUGGCUUUCUAACCAGAAGGGAAUGUUCAUCUACAUCCAACACUGUGUGUGGCUGUGCUCCAGGCUAUUUCUGCACUGAAAUGAAAGAUGAUGACUGCCAGAAGUGUGUGGUUCACCGAGUCUGCAACCCUGGCCAAUAUGUAAAGUCUAGAGGUACAGAGAGAAAAAACACCAUCUGUGAAAGGUGCCCAGCAGGAACAUUUAACUCAAAUGGGACCCUUGGUCAUUGUCUGCCAUGGACCAACUUACAAGGAAACAAGGAUGAAAUGCUUUUGCCAAACCGAGGGAGUGAACAGUUUUUUCUGCUAAUGUUGCUGCCUGGGCGACCCCUAGCUCUUCUAGCUGAGAAUAUCACUUCCAGACAACUUUGAUUCAUAACACUAAGCCCUGAAUGUGUCAACUUGGGUGACACAUCCUACCCUGGAAAGAUCUGUGAAACCAUUGUGACCAAUUGAUUAGUGACCAAGUUGCUUUUGUAGGAGCCUAGACAACA